AUGCCUCUCCCUCCUCUCCCCUUCGAAGUCCCAAUCGAACACAUCAACCCACCAAAGAUUGGUCAAGGCGGUUAUGUCGGCCUCAACCCACACUCAGAAACUCUUCCAAAAGGCUGGAAAUUCGACCAUCCCGAUGCAAAGCCUCUGAACUGCGAUAUCCUCGCCGAGCACGAUGUUGCUUUCAAGAUGAGAGAUGGUGUUACGCUAUAUGCCGAUAUCUAUCGACCACCACAGAGUGAUGAGCCUGUGCCUGCGAUUAUCUGCUGGUCGCCUUUUGGAAAAAAGUUCAACGGUCUCAUGUCACUGAGUCUCAUGGUACCUUGGAAUCUGGGAAUUCCUCCCAAGACACUAUCUGGUCUUGAGAAGUUCGAGGCACCUGAUCCCAAUGAUUGGGUUCCUCGUGGUUAUGCCAUUGUCAACAUUGACUCUCGCGGGUCAGGCGAUAGCGAAGGUGUAAUGGCCAUCAUGGGAACUCAAGAAGCCGAAGAUGGUUAUGAUAGCAUUGAAAGCAUAGCCAAGCUACCGUGGUGCAACGGCUCCGUCGGAUUAGCUGGUAACUCACAUCUCGCCAUCAUCCAAUGGUUCAUCGCCGCCCUACGACCCCCUAGUCUAAAGGCCAUUGCUCCCUGGGAAGGCUGUGGCGAUUUGUACCGUGAGCAAUUUGCCCGCGGUGGUAUCUACGCCGGUGAUCUCUUUGACAAGCUUAUCGUCAAGUACAUGCUCCAAGGCCACAAGGGAAUUGAGAGUUUCCGAGAAAUGUUCAAGAAGCAUCCUCUCGCCAACGACUGGUGGAACGAUAAGCGCCCAGACAUGAAGAAAAUCAAUAUUCCAACUUACAUCACUGGAACAUGGACAAACACCAUGCACGGUAUGGGCGCCAUUCGAGGUUAUCUUGAAGUUGAUACACCCCACAAGUGGCUUCGAUGGCACCCUUGGCAGGAGUGGUAUGAUAUCUGGGGCAACGAACAAGCCAACCCAGAGUUACUAGACUUCUUUGACUAUUUCCUCAAGGGAAAGAAGAACGGUUGGGAUAGCACGCCGCAAGUACGCAUGGCUGUGUUGAGAUUCGGAAAAAAGGAACCUCAAUCAUAUGAGAAUAUCGUCGAGGAGGACUUUCCCAUCCCAAGAACAGACUACAAGAAGCUCUUCUUUACAAAAGAAGGGUCUCUUUCUCUUGACAAGCCCACCGAUUCAUCAUCUCUCGGGUACAAGUCUGAAACCGAUGAUAGAGUCAGUUUCACACACCGUUUCGACAAGACAACAAGAUUGGUCGGUAUGCCUAAAGCUGUGGUAUACAUGUCUUGUCCCGACUACAAUGACAUGGACGUUUAUGUCCUGCUCGAGAAGCUAGAUGCCAACGGAGAAGUUAUGCUUAACCUCAACAUCCCCUGGAAGGGUAUCCCCAAGCAGUCAUUUGAAGAGAUGGACGAUAAGGAGAAGAUUGAGGUUGUGAUUUACCGUGGCCCAAUGGGUGUUCUCCGAGCAUCCCACCGUGAGAUUGACGAUAGCAAGAGCAUGCACCCACAAUGGCCUUUCCACCCUCACGAAAAGGAAGAGAAGAUCACUCCUGGCGAUGUUGUCAGGUUAGACAUUGGUAUCUGGGCAAUGGGUAUCGAGUAUGAGGCAGGCGAGUCAAUUCGAGCUAUUGUUUGCGGUCGAAACUUGGGAGUAAGCAAUUUUGGGAGCUUGGAGCAUAAUGACAACAAGGGAACGCAUAAUGUUCACUUGGGUGGUGAGAAUGCUAGUUAUGUAAUUCUCCCAUUCGUUUGA